CCACGCUACUAUUGUUAGGGUAGGUUUUGCUGGCGCACGGCUCGCCCAGUUCAAUUGCGGGGUUUGCUCGGUACAGAGAGGCACAGAUAGAUCAAGACUUAAUCGAUAAUGCUUGAAACUAUUAGCAGCCUUUACGAAAAUGCAAUCAGCUCGGCCGACAAAAGAGUCUCCGACUGGGCCCUCAUGUCGGGGCCGGGCCUUCUUCUCUCCAUUUUAGCCGUCUAUUAUCUUCUCGUGAGAGUUAUUGGACCUUCUUUCAUGGAAAAGCGACAAGCGAUGCAGCUGAAGGGCGUGAUAACAAUGUACAACUCGAUCCAGGUGUUGGCCUGCGCCUUGCUUGUCCAGCAGACUGUGAAAUAUAUAAAAAACACAAACGUGACAAUAAUCGGCUGCGCUUCGGUAGACUUUUCUGACAAUCCCAAUGCAGUGCAGCUUGCGCGAAUGUGUUGGUGGUACCUGAUUUUGAAGCUGUUGGAUUUGGUCGAAACAUUGUUUUUCAUCCUGCGCAAAAAGCACAACCAGGUGUCCAACUUGCAUUUGUACCACCACAUCAGCACGCCGAUUUUCAGCUGGAUUAUGGUCAAAUUCGUGGCAGGAGGAACUCCGAGCAUUUACAUCGCUCUAAAUUCAGCUAUUCACGUUUUGAUGUACCUCUACUAUCUUUUCACUGGCAUUGGAAUGUCAAAAAAAUUGGCACCGUGGAAAAAGUAUCUCACCAUCAUUCAAAUGGUGCAGUUCUGCGCCCUGAUAAUUCACGCCAGUCAGUUUGUGCUGUCCGACUGUCACAUGCCAACACCUUUGGCCAUAGUUUUCAUCCCCAACGUGGCAAUAGUUUACUUCAUGUUUGCCAAUUUCUACAAGAAGGCGUACGGCAAGGCGACUAAUGACAUCAACUCCUUCAAGCCCAACUUGAAAAUCAUGGUUGACAAUCGGAACAAAAAACCAGCUAUUAAAAAUCUCUAAGAUGAAUAAUUACAAAAUAAUUAAAAAAAGGCAACUUUUAAAACCAGA